AUGGUACAGGUGGCGGCGAUCGAUGGGAAUGUAGAGCUGGCCGAAGCGUGGCAUCAGCAGCUGAAGGAGGAUGGCUUCACGCCCGACGCGGGACUCUACGCUCUGUUGAUCCAGGCUUGCCAGAAGGCGAAAGAGCCGGAGAAAGCCGUUGCCUACUUCAACCUCAUGGUCUCCGCGGGCGUGAAGCCAACCAGCGGGGCAUACGUGCACAUCAUCCUCACCCUUGCGCAGGCAAGGGACGUAGAAGUGGUGUCCGAGUGGAUGGAGAGGAUGCUGGAAGCUGGCUUUGAACCCACCAUAGAGUGCUACGAAGCAGUCCUCCAGGCUACGGCGUCGCGCAGAGACCGCGAUCUGCAGGACUUCUGGGAGGACUUCUGGCUCAAGCAGCUCGCCAAGCGCAAGAAGAAGCCCGACAGGGAAGUCUACAAAGUGCUCAUCCGGGUACCGGCCAUGUACGGGGACGUGAAGCGCGCGAUCCAGCAGCUGGAGAAGAUGCGCAAGGCGCACCAAGAGCCGGGCCCCAACGAGUGGAACUACGUGCUGAAGGCAUGUGAGAAGGCCAAAGAUGCUGACAAUGCCCAGAAGUACAUGAACCGCAUGCGCAGCAUGACCAAGGGCGCCAAACCCAACGAAGAGUCCUACCACUUGGUCAUCAAGACCUGUGCCAAGGCUGGGAAGCCCAAGCUUGCCACCAAGUGGCGCAAUCGGAUGGCAGCAGCGGGCUUCUCCGUGCAACGGAUCCAGUUCGACGAGGUGAUCAAGGCCUCCGCCAGCAGCGCGACCAUCUCGGCGGACUACGCCGCUGAGUGGGAGACGGUGAAGGUGCGGCGGGAGGUCUUUGCGGCGGCCCUGCGCCGCCUCGAUGCCCAGCUGGCGCAGGCCCGGCGCAACACCGAGGCGCUGGAGGAGCGCUCCUGCGAGUACCGGGAGCUGCGCCGGGUGUUGGCGGAGCUGCCGGAGAAGGUGUCGCACCCCAUCAUGGUGCCCUUCGGCCCUCUGGCCAGCUUUCCUGGGCAGCUGGUGCAUACCAAUGAGGUCCUCUGCCAGCUCUCCUCGGAGUAUUUUGCCCUGCGCACCACGGGCAAUGCCCUGGCCAUGGUAGACCGGCGACUCCGCCGCCUGGAAGAGGAGCAAGCCAGCGCGGCCCGCGAGCUCCGGGACCUCUCCCUGCGCCGGAAGCUCGCGAGCGGGGAGCUGUCGGCUGAACCGGGCUCUGCGGGCUCGGGCUCGGUCGGCAAGGAGACCGACGUGGCCGGGGCCACGGUGAGUGUGGAUGAAAACGGCUUCCUGGACAUUCGCGAGCCCUUGGAAGAGGAGCAGCCAGCUGAGUCGCAGUCGAGUGUGCCAGCUGAGGAGGAUGCUUGGAAGUUUUGGCAAAGCCCGGCGAAGAACAAAGCGGAUACCACCUUGUCGCGGCUGCGAGAACUCGAGCAGAUGGAGGAGUGCGAGUCCGGACAGGACCCUGCUCCCUACGAAGACGAGCUUUCGGAACUCGACCGGAUCAUGGACUCCUAUGCGCAUCUCGCGCCGGCAGAGGCAGAGGGGCCUUCGGACUCCAGCCCCCCUCGAAGCCCGAAGCCACAGGCGCCGCAGCAGAAGCCGCCGGCGAAGGCCUCGAGCCCUGCAGACCUCUUCCGGCUCAUGGAAUCCGUGGCGCAAUCGGAGCCUUCGACCUACCCUCCAGGACCUCCAGGACCCCCACAACCACCAGGAGCUCCAGGACCGUCCGGAGCUUUGGAGCAAGCUGGGGUGUCUGAGCUGGUUCGUGAGCACUCCCAGUCCGAGUCGAGACACGACCCCGACAGCGCUCCCAAGCGCGUCUCAAAGUUCAAGGUCGCGCAGGCUCUGGAAGCAGGGCGAGUGCCCUCGAUGCAGGCCUAUCAGUCGGUGAUCCAGGCGUACCUGGACGAGAAGCAGACGGAGACGGCCAGGCAGUGGCUGCAGUGGAUGAAGGGGAACGGCACCAAGCCCGAUGAGAGCAUCUACUCGAUGUUCAUCAGGACUGAUGCCAGGAAGGUUGGAGACUGGCUCGAAGAGAUGGAGUCCGAGGGCGUGGUGGCCUCCGCCGAAAGCUACACGGCCGCGAUCCGGCACUUCGCAUCUCUUGGCAGCAAGAAGGGCGUGAAACAAGCCGCCUUCUGGUUCGACAGGAUGCUCUUGGCUGGCGUGUCCCCGACACAGGACGCGUACACUCAGAUGAUCACUGCCCAUGCGCGCGCGGGGCAGAAUGAUGAAGCAGGCCAGUGGCUGUCGAAGCUUACGGCGGCCGGCUUCCGUCCGAACCUGUCGGCCUACACUGCCCUGAUGCAGGGCUACCUCCGGGUCCAGGAUGCUACAGGGGUCCAGCAGAUUCUCGACUGGCUCGUGCUGGAGGGACUCGAUCCCAGUCGCCGUGCCUACAACAUUGCCAUCAGGGCCUUCUCCGAAGCCGGCGACGCCAAAGCGGCCGAGCAGAUGUACAAAAGGCUCACUGUCGCCGGGAGGUACCCCGACCAGAAGACCUUCCUCAGCCUCAUCCAGUGCCACACCCGCCUCCGCAACUUCGACCGGGCGCGCGCAUGGUUCAAGGAGAUGCUGACCAUGAACGUCCGGCCUAACUUCGCCAUCUACGCGGCCAUGAUCCGGGGUGCCGCGGUCGCCGAUCGCCCGGACGACGCCCGCGAGUUCCUGGAGGAGAUGGCGCUCCGGAAGUUCCAUCACUCCAUCGACAGGCGCGAUUGGGAAGCCAUGAUGGUCCCAGCUCUUCGCUGCUUUGAGAAGGAAGGGGACGACGACUCUCUCGUGCGCUGGACGGAGUACUCCGCGGAUCAAGGCUUUCCGGACCUCCUUCCCGACACCAAGGUGGACUUCCCUGAGAAGAGGCCCUACGCGCGGAAGAGGGCCAAGAAAGCACCCGCCCCAAAGGUGCGGGAGGCAGUUGCAGAUGUGGAGUCGGAGCUGAAGGCCUUGGAAGCCUUGAAAGCCGAAGGCAAGACGCCGAGCAUAUGGGACUUCAACAAGGUCAUGAAGGCAUUUGCGCUCAGCCCGGAGCCCCGCUUCUCGAUGGCCCGGGCCUUCCUGAUGAACACCAUCGUGCCGGUGACGCAGCCGAACGAGAUUACCUGGACGCUUUUGCUCAGGUACGUAGCCUGCGGUUGCGAGAAGGCACCCACGCUGGCGCCUCGCCCCUCCAUCUUGGGCGGCCCGGCCCCCACCACCGCGCCUGCCACGGCGAGCAGGAAAGACUUCCACGACAGCCCUCCAGGCCUAGAAGUCCAAUUCCCAAGGCUGGAAGGAGGAUUGGUGGGUGCACUGUUUGCAGCCCUGUUCGAGGCCGACCCAUCCAUCCAUCCAUCCAAUUCGCAAGGUUCUGCCAGCUCCACGGGACCCAUCCUCCUUGCCGCGGAGGGCCUAGUGUUCAACGUGGCCUCUGCCAGGAACUUGUACGGACCCGGCGGGAAGUAUGCGGCGCUGUCUGGGCGGGAUGCCUCCAGGAUGCUGGGGAAGAACUCCUUGGAGGAGGAGGAUGCAGCCUCCCAGCAGUUGCCACUGAACCUGGCCGAGAGGGCCUUCCUGUCCGCCUGGGUGAUGUCCUUCAAAAACAAGUACCCCAUUGUGGGGCGGCUGCAAGAGGAGGAGCAGGAGGAGGCCACGCCCGCCGCGCUGAUCAAGGCCGCCGAGCUCGGUGACCUGGGCCGCCUGCGCCGGCAGUUGGCCCAGGGAGCGGAUGUGCGCUGGGCCGACGCGGACGGCCUCACUGCCCUCCACUGGGCAGCCCGCGCUGGGCAGCCCGCUGCCGUGGACGCCCUCCUGGCUGCGGGAGCCGAGGCGGAAGGCAGGGACCUCAAGGGCCGCACCGGCCUCCACUGGGCCGCUUCCCAGGGCCACGCGGCCGUCGCGGAGAGGCUGCUGGAGAAGACGGACCCGGAGGCCUCAGCCGCCGAUGCCUGGCUACCGCUGCACUUUGCGGCGCAAGGUGGCCACGUGGAGGUGAUCCAGGCCCUGCUCCGGCGCGGCGCGGACGUGAACAGGACGUCCAAGGCAGGCGUCACGGCCCUCAUGGGAGCCGCCAGAUCUGGCCACCUCGGCGCAACGCGGGUGCUGCUGGAGUCUGGAGCGGACACGGGCACCCGGGCCAAUGGCAAGACUGCACAGCAGUGGGCCGCGAAUCAAGGGCUCAACGACAUCGCCGAGCUCAUCGCUUCCUUCAGCCCCUGUGACGGGAAGAGAGGUGUCUUCACGCCCACCUGGCCUACUUGGGCCGAAGGGCUUCAGCCUUCCGUCCUUGUGUGCAGUGCAGAUAGGUUGGAGUCCAUGGCUGAGAUGAAGGUCAACCUCAGCAGGCGGCAUAUCUCCAUCGUCCUGAGGCUGCUCUUCAAGGACUAUCGCAGCAAGAAGGUCGAGACCCUGGAGCCCUUGCUGGAUAAGAUACUUGCCUGCCUGGUUCCGCGCAAGAACCCCAAGAAGAUCUCGGACACGUACAACCGUAUCGUUUGGGAGCUGGCGGACGCUGGCGAGCCGGACAUGGCAAAGCAGUGGGUCGAGCGCUUGAGGGCGGACGGCUACGAGCUUCAGGCGGUUCAGUGCGCGAAGUUAGCGCAGGCAUACUUCGCGAACGGUGAUGGAGUCUCGGCACUCUGGUGGCUGCAAAAUGGGUUGCCGCGGGGAACCACGCUCCGCCGAAACCUGGGACUCUUUGUGGACACCGUGGCCACGAAGGGCAAGAAAGCGGGCGCGGGUGUCGGUGUGGUGGUGAAGAGCAGCCGGCCCAACUACGGCUUCAUCAAGCUGGACGAGCCUCCGUUCAAGCUAUACUUUCGUCGAGCAGAAACCGCUGGGUUCGAUGACAAGAUGCCGGCGGUUGGCACGAGAGUGCGUUUCGACGUGGUGCUGGACAGAGACGACCGGAAGCUGGCCGCAAACAUCGUUCCGUUCGAUGCCAUUUUCCCAAUUGGACCCAAGACCUGCCUUUAUGCCAGUUAA